UUUUUCUAACAGUAUUGACGACACCAGAGAACAGCUAAAUACCAUAAGAGGAAAUAGAAGAUUUAAAGAGAGCGGAAAUAACUUUAACAAGUUGAACACACGGUGGCAACAUGGAAAUCAAGGUGCUUUACGUACAUCAGCACAACAUACCCCCCAUUCAGUCGUUUUAAAUAAUAGUAUUAAGGAAAGUGAAGGACGUCAUUACAUCAAAAGAAUCAAAGUAAAUCGAGAAGUUUCAGUAUUCAGCGUUGACAAAAGAGUUUUAGCCCAUGUUUUUUUAAUGAGCAUUACUUGGGGUCUAAUAAUGCCUAUUGCCAUCUUUUUACCCUUCAUAAUUAAAAAAAAAGAAAUUAGGCCUUUAAUUAUAAAAAUUCAUAUUGUUCUUUCUAAUUUAGCUGCAUUAGUCGCUACCAUAGGCCUAGCGCUAGUGAUAAGCAAUGGAAGGAGAAAAAUUUUUACAGAUCUACAUUCCAUUGUGGGAGUUAGCAUCUACACGUUGCUGAUCGCUCAAAUCCUAAAUGGAAUUUUUAAGCCCAGAGCUAGUUCUUCGCAAAUAGUUAAUUCGGAAACCCCGUCUAAACUUCGGCAAAAAUGGGAAGCCAUCCAUAAUUUUUUUGGGUGGAUAUGCACUUUACUUUCUCUUUAUCCCUUCUACUCAGGUUAG